AAUAAGUGGUAAAGCACCAUGUUUUUGGUUGCCAUUUUAAAGGAAUGCACACUAGUCCUGGAUUAGGCUAUGGCAAACGUUUGUGGGUUUACAGGAAAGAAAAAAGCAUAGGCUGUCAGAUAAUUCCAAUAGUUAAAAUGCAUAUAUUUAGGUCAGAGUACAAAGCAGUAGUACUGAAUUAAUUGAUAAUCAUUUCCAGCUCUGAGAUCACGAAACCCGCGCGGACUGGGCUGCAUUACGGUCCCAUGUACCAAUGAAAUCCUUUAUCGGGGGAAACCCGGAAGAGGAUUAUGGAGCGAAGGUUACACAGAGCAGCGUUAUGGCGAUCGUCUUCUGAAGCAAUGUAGACAAAGCCGUCAAAAGUACACCCAUGUUGAUCUACAGAGGCGCAAAGUGGUCUCACUCGUGACGGGCCGACCAUUUCGCACGCACCCCUUCAUGUUAGUCAAAGUCCGUCCAUGUUCUUUUCCAAUAUUUUGCGUUGUUGCAUUGAGACGUAAAUACUCAGCUGUAUUUCAAAUACUUUAUCAUCUUUAUCGCCUGCGAGAGACAUGGGGAAUGGAAUGAACAAGGUUGUUGAUGGGCUCUACCUGGGAAAUAUCAGAGACUCUGAGAACAGAGAAAGUUUGUCCCAGAACAACAUCACCCACAUCCUGUCUGUGUAUAACAAUGCUAAACCCGUGCUGGAGGACAUGACCUACCUGUGUAUACACGCAGCUGAUGCGUCUAGCCAGAACCUGUCACAGCAUUUCAAAGAGAGCAUCAGGUUCAUCCACGAAUGUCGUCUAAAUGGAGGGGCCUGUCUGGUGCACUGCCUGGCUGGUGUGUCCCGUAGUACCACCAUGGUGGUGGCCUACCUGAUGACCGUCACCACCUACAGCUGGGAGGAGUGUCUGUCGGCUGUCAAGGCCGUGCGUUCCUUCGUAGGCCCGAACUAUGGCUUCCAACAGCAACUACAGGAGUACCAGAUGAACCAAGUCACAGAGUACCGGGCGUGGCUGCGGGCCAGUUUCCACCCCAGUCCCUUUAAGGACCAGGAGCAGGUGGGAGUGCUGCUGAACCAGUACAUAGAGCAGCAGCAGCAGGAGAACCAGAGGAGAGGAGGAGACCAGGGCUGGAUGAACCAGGCCUCCAGUGUCUACCCUCUACCCUACAAUGCCUACAACGGCUCUGGGGGCAACAGAUGAGCCAAGGGGCCUCGAGUCUCCCUGGUCCCACAAACCUCCAGCUCAGGCCUGCCUGGAGAGUGACAAAAUGGCCCAGUCCCAAAAUCACCCCUAGGCACUUAGAUCUGAAAGGAUUGGAUGGGUGUAAGUAGGGCCAGGGGUUUCUCUUGACCAAGAAAUUCUCCAUAGCCUAGUCCUAAGCAAUAUGGGAAUAGCUCCACCCUGCCCUCUGAUAGACUAGGUGGAAUUGUCACCCUAUUGCCUGUAACUAUUUACUACUUACAGGUCCCAAGUGCAUAGGGUUAUUUAGGGGGUAUUGGCUAACUGACUCUCUCACCACUGCACCGCACUACCUCCCAUGUCCCUCAUCACCUUCACCACUGAACUGACCUUAGUGCAGCCUGAUCAGGAGCUCUGAUGCUCACUGAAGCCUUAGUCCACACACCUCCACACCUCAACACCUCAACACCUCAACACCUCAACACCUCAACACCUCCACACCUCCACACCUCCACACCUCCACACCUCAACACCUCCACACCUUGACCUUACAGCCACAUACUACCAUGAGGCUUCACCUGUCCUAUAACCUCGCCUCAACUCAUCUCUAAACCCAACGGAUCAACUUGUGAGGCCAAACAGAUAAAGAAUUGUAGGACUAGCAGUUUUUUUUCGUAAUCAUCUGCCUAAGACCUAUAACUAGGACCAGGUUAGGUCACAUGAUCAGUAAAAAGUCCUACACCUAACAUUACAUUAUAAUAAAUUAUUAUUAAUAUGUUUAAACAAUAUGUUAUUACAUGGUACCAUGAUUACAUCAUGUUAAAUGCAGUCCGCUGGUUAGAUGGAAGAUCUGAUUGGUGUUGAGGGUUGAAUGGACAUAUGAAUGAACAUAAGAUGCUCUUCGCCCUAAUUUAAACUGAUCUAGCUACUGUAUAGCUGCAUGUGAUAAAGCUUUAAAUAACAGCAGCUUUACCAUAGAAAAUGAAUGCCUCGUUCCAGCUAGUAAAAUGAAGGAUCAUCACAGCCCAAAGUCAUAAUAUGUGGUCUUCCUAAAAUCUACUGUAAAUCUUCUUUGGAAAUUUGCUUAUCAAUUUAUCAUAAGUUAUAAAUAUAAUUGUAUUUUUAGGGAAUUUUUAAGAUCUUUGUUAAAUGUUUAGUGGUACAAAUGAUGUUGUAUCUGCUUUAUUAAUAUUCAAAUGUACACUUUCAUUGUUUGCCAAAAAAUAUAUGCUAAUAAAUACUAUUAUGAAGCCAAA